UGGAUUUUUUUGAACAUUAAUUUGAAUGUUUUAAGUAUAUUUUGUUGUUGUUGUUGAUGUUGUAACUUGCAACUCAAACCACACACACACACACACACACACAGUGGAUCGAUAGUGGAUAUUGGCCAAUUUUAAUUUCUGAAUGGAAAGCCAUUUAAAUCUGGCUCAUCGUUCUCAUCGUAAAGCUGAAUAUUAUAGUCGAUGUCAUCAGUUUAGUGAAGCAAUUUUUCAUUAUAACAAAGCAAUUCAAUAUCUGGAACAUUCGAUCCAAACUACUAGCUGUGAUAAUAUUCGUUCAUCAUUGAUUGUUCAACGGGCACAUUGUCUUAAUCAAAUUGAUCAUCUUAAACGACGAUUACAAUCUCGAUUGACGAAUAAAUUGACGAAUCGAAAAGAAAAUUUACAAACAAUUCGUUCUAAUCCAGAUUCAUCCAGUUCAUCAUCAUCAUUGGAUCAUCAUCAUCAUCAUCAUAAUCGACAACUAUUAUCAAAAAAUACACGCGACGACUUAGUAAUGGCCAAUCGAAUAACAUCCGAAUCGGAUGAUAUCGAUCUUUACAAUAUUCUAAAACGACAAGAAUCAUUACUGGAACAAUUAUCAUUCACACUUAAAAGCCAAUCAGACCAAAAAUCAUCGCCUUCAUCAUCACUUGGUUCUGGUCGUAAUUCUAAUUCGAAAAUCGAUGGUCAAACAUCACCCAUAUUAAUCGUGAACGAAUUACAAACAAUGAAUGAAAAAAUGAAAUUUGCAUUUCGAAAUCUAAUGGAAACAAUGGAAAAAUCGAAGCAGGAAACAAAAGCCUUGCAAAAAGAAAAUCAUUCAUUGAAAAAAGAAUUGAAUAACUUUAAAAAUGACGAAGGUAAGUCGACGAACGCAGGUAACAAUCGAACAUCGACAAUAUCAUUGUUUCCUGAAUUACCACCAUUGGAAACGCCCAAAUUACUUUAUUAAACAAAUUUUUCUGAGAAAUUUAAACCAAAAAGCAAAAGAUAUCUAAGAAUUUGUGAUACCAAAUCGUUGAAAGAAAAUAAAAUAA